AUGCCUGAAAAGAGAGCGAGGGCGCAUGCUGCUAAGAAGAGGGGGCGUCCCACCACUAAAGUGCUGCAGGGACGGCGGCGGGCGAGGGCGGGGCCUGACGGCAACGCGAACCCGCCCGCAGCGCAGCCCCGAAGGGAGGAGGAAGCGCCACCGCAGCAGCGGCCAAAGUGGACCCUUGAGAGUCGCGUGGAGGAGGUACUGAUGGAGGGAGAAGCCCCAGCCAGAGAGAUGCUGCUGAACGACUUCCUUCGGGAGUACGUUGGCCCCAACAACGCCGUGGAUGAAUACGACAAUGUUCCGAUGGGGGUGUUUGCGCGGAGGCCAGACGAGUACGUCACGGACACGGAGCUCCUCGAGAGCAUUGUUGGGUUGCCAGCGUACCGGCCGUACGCUCUCCGUGAAGAGCUGCGCAGGCUUGUGGGGAAAGAGGUGGUCACGCUCCGUGAUCUGAGGGAUGCUUCCUCGUGCUUCUAUAUCGAAUCUAGGAUGGCGUCGAAAAAACUUAGAGCAGCCCUUGAGGUGGCGAAGGCAGAAGCGGCAGGGCGGGAAAAAAACGAAAGGGCAAAGCGGAAGGAGGAAAGUUACAGACGACCGAUACCUGAGGGUUUCUACGACUCGGUGUUCAACGCGAAGUGGAGCCAUGUCUUGGGGUAUCCCGAGGGCGCGGGGGAAGAAGCGGCGGUGCGAAUGGAGGUGCGUGAGGGACAAGCGCCAAAAAGGUCGUGGGAGUUCCGUGCUUCCCGAAAUUUUGAAUUGGAUAAUGACGAGGUAGGCCAGUUCCGCCCGCCGCGCCCCACGCUGAUGGUACUCACCUCCGAGCAGGGCUGGCCGCACUCGCUGCGGGAGGAAACAGUCACCACCGACUGCUACGUUAACUCCGAGAUGGAGCGGGUGUGGGAGAUCGUCGAUAACGACAUGUACGAGAUGUUCCCCCCUGAAGAUUGCGGGCCGCCUCACGUGCGACCACACUUCCUGCUUGGGACGUACGGGGUCGGGCGGUGGGUGAAUGCCGGCGCCUUCAUCCUAUACAAACUGCUGCACUACGCUGGCUACCCAAUUCGUUAUGUUGUCUACUUCCUUGGUAGCGAGUUGGCGUACGUGUUUGACAAGGAAGAUAAAACGGUGGAGAAAUACGAGGGUGCGGAGGAGGUCAAAGAAGCUGUGAGGCAUUUGAACGGGGACCUUGAAGAGAGAGGGUUUGCUAUCUACGACGCGGCGGAGGAAAGGGGGCCGCCGCCGUCACAUUUGGAUUGUUGUGGGUAUGGGAUGGUUGUGGUGGCGUCCCCGAACGGCAAUAACUUCAGAAGAUGGGUGUCUGGAGCUGACUUCCAUCACCCCGUCAUGAGCUGCCCUAGCGAGAACGAGGUGAAGGCGAUGUGUGCCUGGAUGACGCGUGGCCGCCCCGCGCAGGAGCAAGUGGACUACUGGGAGACGGUCAAGCAGCGCAUGCGGUUUGUCGGGCCGAUUCCGCGUUACAUCUUCACUGAGGCUGAGUUCAAUGAGCACACUGCGGCAGUUGAGAGCGCCCUGCAGGCGAUUGACGCCUCGGUUGCCAAAGACUACUUUGCCCGGGCAGAUGAGAAGGUGUGGGGUCCGGGGAAUCCAUUUCAUAAACUUGUGAAAAUUGAGCUGGAACUUCGCGACUGCGGUGGUGAUGUUAUUCGUAUCGCACCGGCGUGUGACUACAUCGAGCAAAAGCUACUGGACCGUUUGUGUGAGGUACUGACCCUCGCAGAAGCUGUCGCGGUAAUGUGGGGUGCUUCUCGCCUUCCUUGA